GCUUGGAGGUUAGCUCCAUCGAUGCUACGGAAGUAGCAUUGUUUACAGACCAGCACCAAAAGUGACGCCACGCGCGCUAGCAAUAACAGCGAUGUUGACGUGAGAAGAAACACUGAAAAGGCAGCUAACCUAUAUGUGACCACUACUAGAAGCUACCGGGGAGGAAUGAGUAGUUAAAUGGCUUUUAAAAAAGUGGAAAGAAAGCGGGAAUUGAUGAGCAGGUUAGCUAGCAAACUGACGAUGGUACGCUAGCAUGCUAACGUAGAUUUGGUCACCUGAGAUUUAGGUCGAGAAGACGGAGCACCCAACGUUAUUUAAUUUGUUUUAAAGACUACCUCAUCGCGUUCAAACAACCGAAGAAGAUCAACAGUAACACAGGUGUAGCUUCUUGUGGAGUGUGCUACCUGUACGCGGCGAGUUAGUCCCAGAAACACAUGUUGCCUGUGGCUUCUCUCUGAUGGAUUUCCUCAGCCUGUUCGCCGUCUACGUCGUGGUGGUGCUGACGUGUAUCGUCCUCGUUUGUAAGUAUUCCGGCCAGCAGAAAACACCGUUUAGUGUCCUCUUCAACUGGGUAGGAAAGGUGGUUGCACCGUUUACGCCAAAAUGCCUCCAAAAGCUUUCACAGUGGACUUUGCACAGGCUGUUUCAUCAGAGGAGCAACAUGUUCAUCUACCUGCAUAUCCUGCUCGAAGCUGCUGUGUCUGCAGAGUUCACCUACGAGGUGUUUGGCUUCUGCAGGGAGAUGGACACCACUCUGACCAGUCUGUCUGUGCCUUACGUCCUGCUGGCCGUCAAGAACUUCUUCUUCUACCUCUGCAUCAAGAGAGAUCCAGGCACCGUGACGAAGAAGAAAAUCACCGGCCAACUGAGCGUCUAUCCUUACGACAGGAGGCUGUUUCACCCAGGAGUCUCCUGCGAAACCUGCCAGCUCAUCAAACCGGCUCGCUCCAAACACUGCAGGGUCUGCAACAGGUGUGUCCAACGUUUUGACCACCACUGUGUCUGGGUGAACAACUGCAUCGGUGCUCAGAACACGCGUCACUUCCUGCUUUACCUGUUCAGCGUGUGCGCGUUGGCGGGCGACGUCGCCGUCCUGACGGGGGACAUGCUGUUUCACGCCGUACUGCGCUCAGGGCUUCUAAGGGCCAGUUACGUAGACGAGGACGGCCAGCAGCAGUCAGCGGGGCCCCUGUUUGUUGUACAGCAUCUCUUCCUGACCUUCCCCCGGAUCGUCUUCAUGCUGGGAUUUCUGGUCUUCGUCUUCUUCCUCCUGGCGGGUUAUGCCCUUUUCCAUUCCUACCUGGCUCUCGUCAACCAGACCUCCAACGAGUGGUACAAAAGUCGAGGGUACGUGUGUCGGCACUGCCACCCGACUGCAACAGCAGAGCGCCUCUGCAGCCCAGUGCCAGACCACUCCAAAAGAUACUACUAUAGCAGAGGGCUACGCCAAAACCUGGGGGAGAUUUUCUUUCCCCCACAACCUGUUAAAAAGAAAGACAACUGAGAGAAAAAAAAGACACCGCUGUCUGUAUUUUUAUGCUGCAUUUACUGUCACACAUGGGUCGCUGUCCCUAAGAACUGCUGUUGACUGAAGAAAUAAAGUUUGCAUUUAGGGAAUUCUU